AUGGAGGUUAGCGUGGUUCGGCCGAUACCGAAGUCGACCUCUGCAACUGCGGACUCGACAGAUCCUCCUGCUACCACCUUCAGGAACUCCGAGUACACGAGUGGCCGAGCAAGCGCUUAUAUGGAGCAAGGUCCUAUUUCCGAGUCUGGUCGAGAGACUAUGAGUCAACGACAGACCGAAAUGAAACUCAUGGCUUUGGAACCGAGCGACAAUUUACCGCCAGAACGCGUGCAAGACUACAAAGGCCGGAUCCGGACAUGGCGAGGAAUUAUUCUUAUGUGUCUGAUCGUCGGUGGAGCGGCUGCAAUCAUUACGGCGUGUGCCAUUAGUGAGAACAACGACGCUACCACUAGACAAUCUCGUUAUGAGAACAGGUCGGAAGAGCGUCGCAGGAUCAACGACGGUCUAACGGAUGACGGAAUCAUAAUCUCGGACGAUGGACAAGUUGGUAACCCAAAGAAGUACCCGGACAUGGGCUGUGAACUGCCAGAUUAUCAGAGCAAAGACGGCCAGAUCUUUGCCGUGUCCGAGAAUGGCACGGAAGUACCAGUAGGUAUCAAAGGAGUCAAUUGGUUUGGUAUGGAAACCGGUCUGGCCAUCCCCUUCGGACUCUGGGAAAAUAUGGACAAUGGUACCUCAGUAUAUGAAGUCGCAGCCUUCUUGGCACGCAACAAGUACAACAGUGUGCGUCUGCCUGUGUGUAUCAAGAACAUCCUCAAGAACACCGCUCCUCAGAAAACCCUCAUCAAUCUCAAUACAAACCGUGCAAUCAACAUUACGACGUACAUGAGCACGCUUCAGACGAUCAUCCAGGCUCUUGGAUACCGCAAGAUCACGGUCAUGAUCAGUCUCCACACUUUGGACACAAAGAAGUCGGGAGGUGCUUGGUACAGCGAUGAACUCGAUGUGACGGAGGCGCAAUUCCUCAGUGCCGUCGACAUUCUUACCAAGAACUUGUGCACUUCAAAGUACUGGAAUAUUCUCGGUCUGGAUCUCAAGAAUGAGCCGCACGAGUGUUCGUGGGGCGGUGCGGCCCCGGAUUGGCAAAAGGGAGCGUCUCUCAUUGGCAACCGCAUGCUCAAAGGCUGUCCGAACUGGAUGGCAUUCGUUGAAGGGAUCGCCAGCUCGGGCACCGUCUCGGUUGGUGACAGAACUGACACGUACUAUGAUUGGUGGGGUGGUGGUCUCGAAAACGCAGGGAAAAACCCUGUUGAGUUAACCACGGAGAACAAGGUGGUCUGGGCCCCUCACUACUACAAUACGGGCGUCUUCCCUGCCUGGUAUCUCUAUGCGUCCACAGGUGCGAAGGACGAGUCGGGUGCGUUUAAGACCUACGUGGAGCUCGACGACGAUACGCUGCGAAGGAAUGUCGAGAUAACCAUGGACAAAAUGUUCGGCUACUUGCUUGGAGUGGAUAAAAACUCGGCGAUGGUUAUGGGAGAAUUCGCUGGUUUGUAUAGUAAGGACGCCCACCCGAAGAAAACCACAAAACGUACGACCGACUUCACCAUUGAGGUCAUGCUCAAGGCAGGGUACGCUGGUGGCUACAUGUGGUCUCUUAAUCCGGAGAGUGCAUACCAGUUCAACCCUGCUGACACCUUCGGCACGUUCACCGAAGGUCUCCUGGAAGAUGACUGGCUCACGCCGAACAAGGCGUUCAUGGAGGGCAUGGCCGCAUUGAACGAUAUUAAGGACCUCAAGAUGUUCCCGUGCUUCCCUCAGAAGACGUCCUCAUCGUCGUCCGAGUAG